AUGUAUUAAUAAUAAAAUUAGACCUAAAAAUUACUUAAAUAUUUACCAGAUAUUAAUGAUGUAGUAGAAGGAAUUUAAGAUUUUCACUUAGCAAUAUUUUUAAUUCAAGGAACUUACUUUGAAAUAAGCAAAAGAUUAACAUAAAUCUAAUUCAUUUUUAAUAGGAUACCUCCUAAUCACAAUAUAAAAUAUAAAAGAAUAGGUUAAGCGUAUUUAUUAUUAUUGUUUUUACAAUUUACUAAAUAUUUGUACAACUUUAUUUAGAAGAUAAAUAAUGAAAAUAUUAAGGAUCAAGUUAAUAAGGAAAGAAAUAUAACAACAAAUGAAAGUAAUGAUAAAUUCACAUAAUGUUUAAUUUGUUAUGAUAAUUCAACAAAUGUGACUUGUACACCUUGUGGACAUUUAUUUUGUUGGGACUGUAUUAUGUAAUAAAUAAAUUUAAAAUAAUAAUGCCCAAUAUGUAGAUCUGAUUGUUAAGCACAAUAGUUAAUAUAAUUGUAUAAUUAUAAUUGA